CCCAUCUCCCGCUAGCGACCCACCCACAAAUCCCCUUGGCCUCAUCUUCUUAUGAAUAAAAUCCCGAUCACCCGCUUCGCUUGCAGAGCUCAGUGAUCCCUUACAUUUCUUCUUCAGGUCCGCCAUGGAGAGCACCGACUCCUCGUCGGCCUCGCACCAGCAGCCCCAGCUGCCUCCCGGUUUCCGCUUCCACCCCACCGACGAAGAGCUCGUCGUUCACUACCUCAAGAAGAAAGCCAUCUCCGCUCCUCUCCCCGUCACCAUCAUCGCCGAGAUCGAUCUCUACAAGUUCGAUCCUUGGGAACUCCCUGAGAAGGCUAAUUUCGGAGAGCAGGAAUGGUAUUUCUUCAGCCCCAGGGACAGGAAGUAUCCGAACGGCGCGCGGCCGAAUCGGGCUGCGACGUCGGGAUACUGGAAGGCGACCGGCACCGAUAAGCCUAUUUUAAGCUGUGGAGGAACGCAAAAAGUUGGGGUGAAAAAGGCGUUAGUUUUCUACGGCGGAAAGCCGCCGAAAGGCGUCAAGACUAAUUGGAUUAUGCACGAGUACCGCCUCGCGGAAUCCUCUGCUGCUUCAGCUCGGCUCCCUGUAGCCACCGGCGAUUACUCCUCCGCCGCCAAGAAGGCUUCUCUCAGGCUGGACGAUUGGGUCCUUUGCCGGAUUUAUAAGAAGAGUAAUAGUCAUCAAAGGUCGGCUGAGCGGGAGAAGCUCGAGAAUGGUUGCAUCCACGGCCUGCUUGGCCCGCCCGCCCACGAUCGUACUCCCCAGCUUCAGCUUCAUCAGCCGAGAACCAACUCCUCCACCGCCAACUACACGGCUCUGCUCGAUAGCGCGGACGAGACCUUUUUCGACGGGCUUCUUGCUUCCGAGGACUGCCAAAUUCCGGCUUGCUGCAGGGCAAACUCAGCGAUUUCUCCGGCGACAAAGCACUUGACUUUCUCUACCAUGGAGAAUAUUACUCCCUCGGCAAAGCGAUUCCAAUCCAGCAGCAGCAGCGGCAGCGGCGGCGGCGGCGGCAACGGCUCUGCAGCUUCUAUUCUGAACCUUCUGAACCUACAGAUCCCACAGCAGCUGGAAGAAGCCGGCGUGGUAUCCCUCUUCAGGCAGCCUUACUCGCUCUCUGAAAUUAAUUGGAGCUCUUAAUUAUAAGCUAGCAGGUAUCAUAAGGGUGGGCUUUAUAUUUCUUCUCUAGUUAUUUGUUCAAUUUCAACUCUGUAAUUCAUUUUGUAUCGUUAGACUGGAAUUCAUACCCAAAAAAAAAAUCAUUUCGACUAAUCUUGAUGAAUCCAGUUCUAAUUAUACAAUAUUUAUUACACAUUUGAAUAGAUAAUUGCACCAUGCAGUUAGAAUUAUAACUGGAGAAGAGUAAUGAUUGCAAAGAUUUUAGUGCGCAGAAGAGAUAGAAGACCAUGAUCUGGAAGCUAGCACGUAUCUUUACAAAACAGAACAAAACUGAAGGUCCUCAACAUCAUGUCUGUACUGAUUAAUCAUAUAUUAUUCAUUAUUAUAAAUACUUAAAGUGAUGAGUAUUUAUGUUUGUAUGUAUAUAUGAAAACUACGAUUUUUAGUUUUUUAAGCUGUGCAGCGAUCAGGUUCCUGUGCU